UGAAAACCUUUAUAUGUGGAGAAUCCCAAAAGCCCACCCAUCUUCCCCAAUUUCAAUUCAUAGGGUUUCUUCUUCUUCAUCUUCUCUAACACAAUCGAUCAUCGUCAGCUUAAACCUCCUGGGCAGAUGGGGAAGAAGAGAAAGUCGGUGGCCACCAGCCUUGAUGAGGUGGAUCGAAGCAUGUACACCUCCUUCUGCAGCGCUGCCAAUUCCCUCUCUCAGCUUUACACACAAGCCAUGAACCAUCAGAAGCUUUCCUUCCAAGCCGGCGAACGUCAUGCCCUCGAUAAAAUUUAUCAGUGGAUCUGUAGACAACAAGAAGGGGGAUCUAGAGUUGCAACAGGCGAUGUACUCAACUACCUCCAGAAUGAGUUGGAUUAUUGUGGGGAGGACCCAUCAUUGUCCCCUAGAGUGGCAGGGCAACAUCAGCAUACACCAUCGUCUCUGCAUUUUACAAACUCGGGUUUUCCAAUAUCUUCUGGCUCAUCUGCUCCUAAUAAUGGGCAUGGAAUUCGUACUGAGCAGUGUGAUCAUCAGUCCAAGAAUUCAGUCUUUUCAAAUGCUCUGUCGAGCCCUGUUCGUCAGAGUCUUCAGCACUAUCACAUUUCUUGCCCAGGCACAGGUCUGCCAUCUGCCCGGAACAAUGAACCUAACUUUCUUCAACCAAAUAGGGAUGUCAAUCCUCCGAGUUUCAACGACUCUUCGAUGGACAUGCACGCAGAUAGUCCUGGUCACUACUGAGUAUGGUUUGAUGGUCCGUCCAAGUAGCCUUUGCUGUGGCGUGGUCAAAAGUUAUGGAAGACAUUAGAACGUGAAAAAAACUCCUCUUUGGUUCAAGUCCAGCAACGGAAGAAGCACCGCGUGGAAGUGGUAAUCCAAAAUUUUAUUUUACCUUUACUGGUUGGAGAUUAAAUUGGUCUUUUCCAUCUUCUGUAAAGUAUCCUUUUGGUCAUUAUUGUCUUGUUUCAGUCUGUUUUACUAAAUAUUAUGCUUGUAUUAGGAACUGCCUCUAAUGUUGAAAGAUUGUGUCCGGUGAAGGUGCUGAUUCUGCUUGAUUUACGAUUGAAUAUUCUGGCUAAUGAAUUGUAGUUGAUUAUUAUUCAUAGUUUAAAUACAGUUAUGCUCUAUAAGUGAAAACUCUAAAUUGUACGAUUGAUGUUUAGUAUGAAAAGAGUUGCUUUCCUCAGCACUUGAAUUGAA